AUGCUAGACCCAACUGCACAGGACAUCUCUCAGGAUGCGAUUCCGUGCCAUCCUCUAGGCGUCAAACCGAGUGGAAAUGCCCUUUUGGCUGCGUGGAAUCUCCGGUCGGCCAUCGGGGCCUUCAAUAUCCUGCCAGAUGAGCUGAUCAUCACGGUGCUGGAGCUGCUAGAUGGCGCGGCGCUCUUGAACAUCGGACGCACCUGUAAGGCCUUCUACGCCUUCACCAGAGCGGAGGAAUUGUGGAAGGCGCUUUUUAUACGAUCUAUCCCGUCCGGUUUCUCGUGGAGAGGCACAUGGCGUUCCACGUUCCUGAACCUGCCAGAGUCCCAGGUGUCGAUCUUGGACUGCUCACAUCUGUUUUCCGACACACUCCACCGUCCGUUUUACUGCGCACAUAUCUCGCUGGACCCGUAUGUCACGAAGAUCCCCGUCAGGAACGCCAUUCCUCGUCUGCCAGAUCUCUCUCCGGAGGAGUUCCAGGAGAGCUGGACCGAUAAACCUUUCAUCCUCACGGAACCCGUCAGGGCAUGGCCUGUCUACCAGACCUGGUCUGUAGAGGCCCUUCUGGAGAAGUAUGGCGACACCGUGUUUCGUGCGGAAGCAGUGGACUGGCCCCUCCGGACCUACGGGGACUACAUGCACAACAACUCGGACGAAAGCCCGUUAUAUCUCUUUGAUCGCGCAUUCGUGUCCAAGAUGGGUCUCAAGGUUGGGAAACCGGACGAAGAACCGGACGCAGCCUACUGGCCGCCGUCCUGUUUUGGAGAAGACCUGUUUUCUGUCCUGGGGAAUGACCGCCCGGACAGACAGUGGCUGAUCAUCGGCCCUGAGCGGUCAGGGAGCACCUUUCAUAAGGACCCUAAUGCGACCAGUGCGUGGAAUGCGGUUCUCCGUGGUUCCAAAUACUGGAUAAUGUUCCCCUCGUCGUCCAAGCUACCGCCUCCGCCCGGAGUCUAUGUAUCGGAGGAUCAGAGCGAGGUGACCUCGCCGCUGAGCAUUGCAGAGUGGCUGCUGGGCUUCCACGCCGAGGCGCGCCGCACACCUGGCUGUGUGGAGGGCAUCUGCGCGGCGGGAGAGGUCCUCCAUGUUCCUUCGGGAUGGUGGCAUCUGGUCGUCAACAUCGAACCUUCGAUUGCCAUUACGCAAAACUUUAUUCCCCGCGCGCACCUAACUGCUGCGCUGGACUUCUUGAGCAGGAAGGCCGACCAGAUUUCAGGGUUCCGCAAGGAUGUCCAUGAUCCAUAUGAGCGAUUUGUGAAACAGUUACAAGUAUCCCACCCGGACCUCUUGGAGCAGGCCUACGAACAGUUGAAGCAGAAGUCGGAAGGCAAGAAACGGAAAUGGGAUGAACUGGUUCAUGGAAAGACGGCAGAAGAUGGCAAUAAUGCAGACGCCCCUGAGGGUGGCUUCAGCUUUGGCUUUGGAGAUGAUGGAAGUGACGUGGAGGUGCCAUAA